UUGUAUUCCCCAUUCAAUCACUUACCCAUCCAAUCCAAGCCAACCCCCGUCCAGAAGAGACAAUUUGUCACCAGGCAUCGAUCAAACAAGAGGACAUCCAGAGCGUGCGGCUGGCCGCCUGGCAACGGCAACGGGCGCCAUUGAAAUGCCUGAUGGCUGGCCAUAACCGCAGAGGCAGCGGCAGUGGGUGGAGCCGGAGGAGCAGCCGCUAAUGUCUGGAGUGCACAUCCCCAUAUCCAUAUCCCAAGUUCAUUAGACUUUAAUGGGUGCUUGGCCUGUGACGGGGGCCCUGAGCGGGGACUGCGGCUCCUCUGUGCUGUGCUUUGCCGCUUUUGCACGCCACGAAAUGGAAAGUUUUGGCGCCUGCGAAUCAUAAAUCCUGUGUGGCGUCUAAAAAUAUCCCAACACUCGACGGGAAUCGAUGCGAGAGCCGCCGAAGCCACCGCCGCCGCCGACAGAGAUGAGCGAGCACGAGCCGGAGUCGGACGAGGAUUGCGAAGUCUAUUUCCUGAAGCCGGUCAACGAGUACAACAUUGUGGACAAGAUCAAGGAGGCCAACAAGGAGCUCUUUGCCCCCGACGAGGCCGCCAAUGGCAACGGCAAGGUGACCAAAGUGACCUUCGCCCUGAACUUGGAGGACUACGAGCCCACGGGGGAGCAGGCGAAGGAGCAGAGUCCCAGUCCCCCAGACGAGCUGCUGCAGCAGUUGACGCAACUGAAGCUGAAGCCCAUUGCCGAGGAGGAGCUUCCUCCGCUUCCAGCUUCAACUCCAGAGUUGGCCAUGAAGCAAGUGGAGGCCAAGAUGAGUGCAGAGCCCUCAGCGGAGGAAUCCGAAGUGGAGGUGGAGGAGGAAAUAUGUGAGGAAAUCCUAGACCUCACAGAAGUCCCACAGAAGCCUGCCCCCGAGGAAGCCAUUGUUGUGGAGCAAGAAGACGACUUCUCCGGCGUGGAUGAGGCGGAUCUGGAUGAUGAUACGCCCCUGAAGAACGGUUCGUCCACGGCUGCCGGCCUCCAUCGUCGCCAGAAUACAUUCGACCAGGACUACGACGAUGAGGAAUCGGAUCAGAAGAGUCUGACCAACCUGCUGACCGAAUCCGACUGCGAGGAGGAGGAACGCACUCUGAACGAGGCCCGCCUGAAGCUACGUCAAGCCUACAAGAAUCUCUACAAGACCCUGGAUCCCAAGGGCCAGGCACAGAUCGAGAGGCUGACCGGAGCGGAGGAAGAGCCUGAACUUCCUUCGCCAGUGCAGCCUGCAGCAGACCAUGACAAUGAAGCAGAAGAAGACGACGACUUGUCCAUUAUUGUAGCCAGCUACAUACCGGACGACUUUGAGCUGAACGAGCGAAGCAUUUACUACAAAAGGGAGGACUCGGUCCCACCUAACGAAGACGCCGCUGCCUGUCCCAAGUCCAGCUCCAAGACAUUCUUCAAUUCACGCCGCUUCAGCUUCCGACGCAGGGCCAAGCCCACGCCCACACCAUCUUCGGGAUCCGCUUCGACAGCAUCGCCCUCGAUCCGGAUGAAUUACAAGACCUGCUGCGAGCAUCGCCACUCGCUGCAGGAGAAACUGCCUCGCUACACCGGUUACAUGUCCGAGUACGGGCUGAGUGCCCAGCAGCUGCAGCGAAGGGAGCAGAAGCAACGCCGCAAGCAGCGGUACGUGAUGGAGCAGGCGCUCAGGAGCAACGAGCACGAGCUGAAGAAGAUGCAGGACAACGAGCGCGCCUUCACCACCUGGCUGAAGAACAAGAUGCGCUAUCCCAUCAACAAGACCCGCAACAUGUUCGAUGCUCAUCGUCGCAGAGGUAGUGUGGCUGCCGCAGUCUCUAGCCCUCAUUCCCAUUCCCGGCAGGAACAUCCGCAUCAGCACCAGCAGCAGCCGCAGCAGCACUCUGGACUUCGAAGAGAGGACAGCGAUGACAUGCUGCACGUAUAUCGCAAGCUCUUGGGCAGCUGGAACAAGUAGAGGCAGUGGUAGGUCGUAUCUUAAAUUAAUUUAUUACAUGUA